CCGUCACAACUACUAUGGGAACGUGACGUAUGACGACAUCGCACUGUCAAAAAAAAUAAUCUUCAAUAUUGACAUUGGUUGGGCGUACACAGCGAAAGUGGUCCCGAUAUUGAAGAAAAGUGUUUCUACGUUGAUUCGAUUGUGAUAGAUCUCAGACGAGCAGUAAGGACCUUUUUUCAUCAUGAUGCAGCAGCCUCCAGCCUACACUCCUAAUCAACCCCAGAUGGUUCAACAACAACGACAUCAGGUGGUGACAGUACAGCCUGGUAAUGUGCCAGUGGUGUCUGGGAACCAGACUCGGCCUGGUAACUGGAAGAGUAUGAAUGGGACGGGAAUUACACAGAUAGUCCUGGGAAGUCUGACCGUCAUUCUGGGCAUUGUUGCCUGCGUCAUUGGAUCUUUCUAUUUCUUCAUUGGACAUGCAUUUUGGUGUGGGAUUCUGUUGUACUGUGUUGCUGGCAUAUUGGGCGUGGUCGCUGGACAAAAGCAAAGCUCAUGUGUAGCGAUUGCAUACAUGGUAAUGUCCAUCUUCGCCUGUCUCGCUUCCUGCGUCGUCAUGGGAUUCAGUGCUUCUGCGGUGGCCAUCGACCGCCAAUAUGGCUAUUAUAGCUAUUAUUACGAUAACGGCUGGAUUGGCAGAGUUGCUGUGGAUGCCAUGUUGCUGAUACUUGCUCUGGUGGAGUUUGUGGUGUCCAUCGUUGGUGCUAGCAUGACCUGUGGCGCCAUCUGCAACACCGCACCGGCACACACCGUGAUUCACUACCAAGCCCAGCCCCAGUUUGUCGUCGCUGCUCAACCCCAAGGUGGCUACUAUGCACCCCAAGGCCAGCAGCAGUUUGCAUCCUACCCUGCCCAGCAAGUAGUGGCUCCUCAGGGGCCAUACUUUCAAGGACAAGCCGUGCCCCAGGCUCAGCCCCAGGCCGUGCCCCAGGCCAUGCCCCAGGCCGCACCCCAGGCUCCACCCCCUGAACAUCAGUAUCAGGCCCUCACCAAAUAAAUGGCUCAAAUCGGCUAGACAGUUGUAAUUGUAUUAUCACAAGUCAUCGCAAGUCAGUUGCUUAGACAAGCACAAUUUAAUUGGAAGUCAAUCACAAGUCAAUCACAAGUCAAUCACACAUCAAUCACUCGUCAAUCACAAGUCAAUCACAAGUCAAUCACAAGGCAAUCACAAGCCUAUCAUAAGUCAAUCAAAGUCAAUCUCAUGUCAAUCGCAAUCAAUCACAAGUUGAUAACAAGUCGAUUAAGUCAAUCACAAUUCAAUCACAAUUCAAUCACAAGUCAAUUACAAGGCAAUCACAAGAUAUCUAUAAAAUGCUUUCAUGGGAUCGUUCCCUGUUACCUGUGACUUGACUUGCAAUAGCUUGUGAUUUGACUUUGAUUUGACCUGUGAUUGACCUUUGAUUCACACCUCUAGUCUAAUUUGAGCCAUCUGAAGUUGUCUUAAAUUUAGCAAUGACCUCAUAGUAUUCAACAUUUGUUGACACAGGGGUAACCCUUAACCCCAAUACAAGGUUUACUCAAAUCCUGUACUUGGACUUAGUACUCGUAAUUGUUUUUUUAAGUAUUGAAAGUUUUAGCACUGCACAAUUAUUUUAUGAUGUUGAAAAUUAACUUGCAGCUUUAUAUAGUUCAUGAAAUUUCCCAUUUUGUUAUCAGGUAUGUGUGCUGUCCAGUCAGUAGUAUUACAGGUUAUGAGGUGUAUAUAGAAGCUGUGGAAGGGUCAUGAGUUAUGUAUAUAAUUUUGAUUUUGAUCCAACUUCCGUCUAAGUGGUAGUAGAUUUCAUUUUUUUCAAUGUUGAUAUUUGGUUGACGUGGUUAUGUUUUAACGAUGGAAACGUUUGAAAUGCCUCCGCUUAUUACCUUUAAACAAGUCAACGGCAUAAACAAACUAAUACCAGGGUAUAUUAUCAGUUUGCGUACUCAAUUUUUAACUUUUUGUUUAUUUUCAUUCUGUAUUAAAAUAAGAGUUUUUUUAGACUGAACAGUUAAGUUUGAAAGCAUAGGGGUAAAUCUUUUUAUUUUUACAGGAUUUUUAUUUCAGAUAGGACUUUAUCAUGGGGUAUUUUUAAUACAAUAUUCUGAUAUCAUCAGGAAAGUCUAUUUUAUAACAGCAUUUAGUUCAGUAAAUUGUUUGAAAUUCACAAAGUACUUACCAUAUACACAGGUUUUGAUGACAAACACUGCUAACCCCACUGGUAUAAGAAGAGCAGCCACAAGUGUAACAUACUUGAUUGGUUUUGACUGCAUGUGAUGCUGAUUCUGAUUGGCCAAUUAUACAAAGACAACAGAAGCUCUUCCUAUGCCAGUGGCAAGAAAUUAGGAUAAAACUACUUGUAAAUAUGGAGUGAAUUUGAUAUGUGAAAUGUAUGCACUGUAGACAAAAAUGAGUUGAUUGAUUGUAGAAAUUUGCUGAUUUGAAAUAGAUUUUAAAUAUUAUAUAGCAAAUGAUUCGUAUGGCAUUUUCAGUAAUAUUCAUUAUUCAUCAAAUGAUAUAUUCCAAUAUUUCUGUGUAUUCUAAUCACUUAACAGUGUCUUGGGGCAUUUCUUUCAGCAAAGAAAUGGCAUUUAAAAACAAAUCAUUAUACCCACCUAACACACCCAGAAACCUGCAGAUCAAGAACAUAAUUUUGAAAUAGUUCAAGAGUGUAAGCCUGAUAUAAUUCCCUGUCUUUCAGCUUAGCUAGAUUGUAUUUUAAAUAUAGAUUUCUCGUCUAUAAAUGAAAUGUCAUUGCUAUUCUAUCAUAUUAACUGCACAACAUAUUUUAGUACUCAAUGUUUUAUUUUUGUUACAUCUAUUUUGGCCAGUUCUCAAUAACACCAUGUUGUAGAAAUUGAACGAUUGUCAUUGAA